CUGUCCAAGGACAAGCAAGAAUGUUGACGAGGGUCAAAAUAGGGCUCGCACUCACUUUUCUCUUUGUCCUGGCCUUUGUCUAUAAACGUUCCCUCUCGCCUGGCUGCCUCUACUCAUGCAAGCCGAGUCCUGAGCCGUUCCUCGUUGAAGAGGAUGACGUGAGCCAGAGCAGCGGCAUCAUCUUUGUGGAGACCACAGAUGACCUCAGGAUUCCUCCGUUGGCUUCGUGUUCUGUGGAAUCUGCUGCCAGGGCCUACCCGGACAGACCCGUUCGUUUCUUCAUAAAAGGGAUGAAAAAUAACACGUGGCGGGAUUUAAAUUCCACUUCCGCCGCCUUCGCUCUUCUAUCUGCCAUGGAGAACGUCUUCCUUCUGCCUCUCCCGAUGGAAACUGUUUUCCAGGACACACCUCUGCUCCCAUGGUAUCAUAAGGUAAAUCCAGCCCGGGAAAGGUACUGGCUGCAUGUCAGCGCUGACGCGAGCCGGCUAGCACUCGUCUGGAAAUACGGUGGGAUCUACAUGGACACCGAUGUCAUCUCCAUCAGGCCUAUUUCUCUGGAAAACUUUGUGGCGGCCGAGGGUUCCCAGGUCUCUGGCAAUGCGGUUUUUGGCUUUUCUCACCAUCACGGGUUCCUCUGGGAUUGCAUGGAGGAUUUUGUUCGAAACUAUAGAGGACACAUUUGGGGCCACCAAGGGCCCAGCUUACUGACAAGGAGGCUCAAAGCGUUGUGCAACUUGACCAAUUUCCAUAACGUAGAGGAUAUAAACUGCCAGAACAUUUCCUUCCUGCAUCCUCAGCGUUUCUACCCCAUCCCCUACCCCGCAUGGAGGCGGUACUUCCAGGUCUGGAAGACAAGCCCCAACUUCAACCACUCCUAUUCUUUGCAUCUGUGGAACUACAUGAACCAGGAACACAAGCCUGUGGUUGCAGGAAGUAACACCUUAGUGGAAAAUCUCUUCAAAACACACUGCCCCACCACGUACAAGGUCCUUAUUCAAGGCCCAGAAGGCAGUGUUCCAUAGGCAACAAAUCAAGACUGAAUGACGGCAUUAGCAGAACAACGUGACUCUUCCAGCCCUGACAGCCCUGGGACUAAAUCAAUUGUGCACAACACGGAUCUCCUCUGAGUCAGUGACUCCCAGCCAUUUUCUGUCUGCGGGUGACUUUGUAGGGCCUAAUGAAUCCAGUAAUUUCACAGGGGUGUAAAUACUAUUGGGGAUGACUUGAUAAGUAUGUCGUGCCCUUUAGGGUACAUUUUUCCAAAGCACCGAAGUGAUCUAAGUGAGUCCCUUUGUGAAAAAUCACAUUUGCUUUGGGAACCAAAGCUCCACUGAAAAUUAAGAUGACUUAAGGAACCGAGGAGUCAGAUUUUCAAAGGUAU